AUGAGGCUUAUCGAUCUCACUCUCCCUUCCUCUUCUCGCCGGAAGAAGAACACUGUUCGCUCCGGCGACGGAGAGAGGUUUGAGCCGCCGAAGAUUUCAUGCAGUAGCUCUUACUAUUCGUCUCAUGUACACUACAGUGAAGCUAUAGCAGAUUGCAUAGAGUUCUUCAACAAGUCUUCUGCUAUGUCUUGUGAUGAGGAUCAUGAAGCUCGUCAUGUAGAAGAUCAUGAUCGUGACUGUUUUUACGUUUGA